AUGAAGCAGCGCGCGGCGGACGACCCCGCGGCGGCAGGGAACAGGCCGGCCGUUGUGCAGGGCAGUGGACGCGCACUUGCAUGUGUGCGCGGUGCCGCGCAGGGCCAACCCUUGGGACCCCUUGGGGCACUUUGGAGGGGAGCUCCCGCUGCCCGCUGCCCGCUGGCCAAUCAGCGUGUGUCGCACCACGGCAUGGGCACAUGGCAGGACAGCACGAAUCUGGCAUUUUCACCAGAGUCCCUCGAGGCUCUACCCUUGACACUGCAGCGAUCCUACACUCAAAGCUCUGCCAUUGGCGCCCUGCGGAAUUCAAGAUGCCUGCUGGACAUCAAUCUCAUUCUCUGCAGCAUCAACAUCUGCAGCGGCCUUUCCACCGCUGUUCCCUCCACCAGCCAGGCUCUGCUGCCGGAUGGGCUGCAGGUCACUGUCGAGAUCCCGGAGCAGUACUUCUGGGAGGCAGAUGAGGAUGACGGGGUUCCGGGUGUCGAGGAAAUGGUGGGAGAAGCACGGGUGGGAGGCACAAGUGUGUCACUGGGGAGGAUGAACUAUGAGAGCAAGGAUGACAACGAAAUUGCAGUUGACGAGUUCUUUGUCCUCAUGCGUUUGUAGGAGAUCGUGUAAGUUGGUUGACGUUGACUGGAACGCAGCCUUGACAUCUCGAUGAUGCGUGAUCUAUCCAUAUUCUCGUUCAGUGGAUAAUCUGAUAUACGGCC